ACAUGUCAGAGCCCAUAGGUAUUCACCCGGAAAUGUAAACUUUUAUUUUGUAAAUACAGUAAGUACAUGUACUUAGAUUAUAACCCAGUAGAUACAGACAUGCCUAGGUUGUCCAGCAUACUAAAGCCACGUAGGGACUACGGAAUAUAAAAUCAAUACCAGGAGAAAUAAUGAAGUCGUAUCAUAAUGAUUGAGUUUGAAAUUGAACACGAAGAAAGGCCUAGACACCGACUGGAAAUAAAGAAAAGGGGACACUUGGACAACAUUAGAGAGGGACCGUAUAUAACUCACAAUGUUUUGAUAACGCACGCUGAUUUCCUGAAGUCUACAAAUAAAGAUAAAGACCUAACAUUAUACAGAAUAUUCCCCACUGGUGGCGCAUAUAACUAUAUUGGUGAUGUAGUUGCCUUGUUAACGUGGUACUUUGUGGUAGUUUUCAUUGUUGCUGCUAUACCCAUAGCAUGUUACUGUGAGAAUAAAGCCAUUAACAUAGCUAACGCUAUUGUCCUCUGUAUCAUUCUCAUAUAUCAUAUAAUUGCUCUUUAUGCAGUGACGAAAAAUAGAAAGAAGUUCCGAAGAGCUUGGUUUGUAACUGAGACAUCAGCAGAAAAAUACAUGGGAUUACAAAACUAUUUCGUUGACGUUUCUAUAGACAAUGCCCUAGAACUCCAUUUUGUGAACAAUGGCCAAAGACAGAAAAUUAUUACAAUGUUGUCUGAUAAACAAGUGCACAGCAUGCUGCUGAUGUUAUGUACGAAAUCCUACUGGAGAAGUCGAGUUGUAGACCCUAUCAUAUGUUUGUCUGUGACGUCAUGUAUAUGUUUAAUUGGAAUGUUUAUACAAAUUAUUACAUUGAGAGUUUUGGCAACGUAGCUUGUCGUGAUUGGUAGAACUUAAGUUUGUUAUCAGCAUAAACCAAUGCUGGAGUACUAAGUUUCGUGCAUAAUUGUAAUAUAUACCCAAGGCUCUAUCAUCGACUCUGUGAUUGAUACUUAUGUUGCAUUUAUCAUUAGACACUUUUAUAAUCUAGUAUGCUUUAUUUUACAUUAUUUAUUUUAAUAACCGAAUUGAUAAGAGCUGGCUCAAAUGAUUUCGUAACUUUAUUUAGUUACGUUAGUAUAAAGAAAUUACAGCUAAAAUAGAAAUGUACCAGUUCGUUCAUUUGAUGGAUAGUCAACUGACAACUUGAUGUCCAUUAUUUUGUAUUUGUAUUUUAUCUGGUUCACUAGAACUGAUUGUAUAAUAUGCAUGCACUUAUAAACUUAGGUUGCGUAACUACGCAACGCCAAAUAAGCGCAGUAGUAGUAGUGAACCGAAAACCAACAAGAAGUGUUAUUGUUUUCAACCUAAAUCAUUUCAUUUAUGUGUGUUCACAUGCCCUACUAAUGAAAUUAGAGUGUUUAGAAUUCAGAAUGAAACGCCCAAAACAAUCUUGCCCACUUUUUCCGGUGUUCCAGAAUAUUAACCAUUGCUGGUAUAAACUACUUAUUUAUUUUGACGUUUUAGGAGUACUAGGAAGUUAAUCACAUUAUGUUUCAUUGUAUCUAUCAUUAUGCCAAGCAUGCCUUUGUAAUUUAUAAAUGUUUUAUUUAAUCUAUAUAUUGGUUGUAAUCUGUUGAUAUGUAAGGACAACUAUUUAACGUCUAGUGGUACAUACUAUUGUAUACUUAUUAAGGACCAGAUGUUAUAAACCAUGUGUGUGAUACUUGAACAACACUAUUACAUCCUUAUUCGUGAUUACGUUUUAAUUUUUGUUUACUGUGUUACAGUUCCAGGCCCUUCGCAGUUGAAGACAAAAAGCGCGGCAGGCGUACACGAAUAUAAGCCCGGUAUCUUGGAUGAGUGUUUUUUCCCCGCAAUAUGCAUCAUAUCAAACAACUUGACUCACAAUUUCAACGUUAUAUAAUUUAUUUACAAUUGUUGCCUUACAUUAGUUCUACUUGCAUAAUGUUUUAAACAGAACUCUGUUAUUUUGUUUAUUAAAACAUUUAUCAGAUCAUUUUUCAGUGAAACUGAUUAAAAGAAAAAAAAGUAAUAUAUGAUGAUGUAUUAGUGUUUUUAAAGACAUUUUUAUGUACGUUAUUUUAAUUUUUCGUAUAU